CCCUCGGGCCGCGUGUCCCUCACGCUGAUUGGUAGAAAGUUACUGUGGGAAAGAAAGUUUGGGAAGUUUCACACGAGCCGUUCGCGUGCAGUCGGAGAUAUAAAUAAGAGCAACGCGACGCUGAGGCAGGCAGUUGCUACGACCGCUGGCGAACGGUGAAAUCAGAGACUGUGACAUCAUUGCCGCAACAGUUGAACCCGGGACACUUCGUCGGGAUUUCCGUUCAUAUCUGGAACUGUAUCGGCGUACUUAAUACUUAUAGCAGAAGACAUUACAAGGGAGGAUUUCUUUAAAACACCUCUAAGGAUAUUCCAAGAGAAGAUGCCUGCCGAUAUCAUGGAAAAAAAUUCCUCGUCUCCGGUGGCUGCGACUCCGGCAAGCAUGAACACUACACCCGAUAAACCCAAAACUGCUUCCGAGCACAGAAAGUCUUCUAAACCCAUUAUGGAGAAAAGAAGAAGAGCAAGAAUCAACGAAAGCUUGGGACAGCUGAAAACGUUGAUCUUGGAUGCCUUGAAAAAAGAUAGCUCCAGACACUCUAAACUUGAGAAGGCAGACAUCCUGGAGAUGACAGUGAAACAUCUCAGAAACAUGCAGCGGGCGCAAAUGACUGCUGCCUUGAACACGGAUCCCUCCGUUCUUGGGAAAUACAGAGCUGGAUUCAGCGAAUGCAUGAACGAGGUGACCCGGUUCCUGUCCACCUGUGAAGGGGUUAACACCGAGGUCAGGACCCGACUGCUGGGUCACUUAGCCAGCUGCAUGACACAGAUCAACGCCAUGAAUUAUCCAACACAGCACCAGAUAGCCGCCGGACCUCAUCCGACAUUCAGUCAGCCCAUGGUGCAAAUCCCAAGCGCGCCUCAGCAAGGCAACGUUGUGCCGCUAAACGGAGUCCCCUGCAAAAGCGGCUCUUCUUCAAACUUGACUUCUGACGCCACUAAAGUAUACGGAGGUUUCCAGCUCGUGCCGGCAACGGACGGACAAUUCGCCUUUUUGAUCCCAAACGCUGCCUUUGCUUCUAACGGUCCUGUUAUUCCAGUAUAUGCUAACAACUCCAAUACACCGGUUCCGAUGGCCGUUUCUCCGGGAGCGCCGUCACUUACGUCAGACUCAGUUUGGCGGCCUUGGUAGACUAAAAACUCUUAAAAAGACUCUUGCAGACUAACGACACUUGUUUUCUUUGUUCUUUUUGUAUAAAAUGUGUUUAAAGAGAUGAUGCACUAUAUUUGUAUAGCUCUAAAGGGAGAGAAGUUCAUAUUGAAAUAAGUUUUGUAUAAUUGUUGAAUUCCGUUCAUUGCAUUUUUAUAUUUGCGGUAUCUUUUCUACGUUGUGAUGCCAAAGAUAUGUUGAAUGCGCUUUGAAGUUUCUUCUUUUUGGAAGACAAAUAAAUGACUUAUUGAAAAACAAAA